ACAGAAAACAAAAACACAAACAACCACACCUAGUGUGACUUGAACAAUCUUUUUCUUCAAUUCUUUAAUGAAAGUUUUUUUCUGUUUUCAGAAACUAUGUUGUGCAGUAUAUGCUGGGAUUGAGGAUACCAGAGGUUACGGCAGGCAUAUUGGCACAGCUUGUGGGGAGUCAUGUCUCUCUCGCCAUGAACAAAUAUGGGAGCAAUGUGGUGGAGAAAUGUCUGAGAGAGGCUGGAGAAGAUCAGGUGUCACGAAUUAUCAGAGAGAUUGUUAGCAGCCAGAAUUUCUUGAUGGUGCUUCAGGAUCCUUAUGGCAACUAUGUGGCUCAAUCUGCUUUGGCGAUAUCAAAGGGAGCUCUUCGCCACACCAUGGUUAGCCUCAUUCAGAUGCAUUACCCAUUCCUCCAUAGCCAUCCCCAUGGGAAGAGGGUCCUGGCACGUACCCGAGGCAGCAAGCAGCGCAUAUAAGCGAUGUUAAAGGUAAUUAUUAGAUUGUCAGUUCGAUUUGAUGGAAUAACUGUCAACUGUUUCGGCCUUGUUCUAAGGUAGUCAGUUGUGUGUAGUUUAGUUUAGUUUCGAAUCACUAGGGGAAAUAAUUGUGUGUGUGUUGAAAAGUAUGAUCUGCUCUGAUGCAGGCUCCUUCUAGUUUGAAAUUGUUUGUUUGUGGAGCAGAUUGUAAGAAUAAUAAGUUAGUGUUUGUUGUGGUCUUCGUGCUGUUGGUUGUUAUACAUUAAUAACUCUUGGAUUUUUAGAGUACAAUAAUAGUAGUUUGA